AUGCCCUCAUGCCCUCAUGCCCUCAUGCCCUCACGCCCUCAUGCCCUCAUGCCCUCACGCCCUUAUGCCCUCAUGCCCUCAUGCCCUCAUCCCCUCAUGCCCUCAUGCCCUCAUGCCCUCAUGCCCUCAUGCCCUCACGCCCUCAUGCCCUCAUGCCCUCAUGCCCUCAUGCCCUCACGCCCUCACGCCCUCAUGCCCUCACGCCAUCAUGCCCUCAUGCCCUCAUGCCCUCACGCCCUCACGCCCUCAUGCCCUCACGCCCUCAUGCCCUCACGCCCUCAUGCCCUCACGCCCUCAUGCCCUCAUGCCCUCAUGCCCUCAUGCCCUCAUGUACUCCUGCCCUCAUGUACUCAUGCACUCAUGCACUCAUGCCCUCAUGCCCUCAUGCACUCAUGCCCUCAUGCCCUCAUGCCCUCACGCCCUCAUGCCCUCAUGCCCUCAUGCCCUCAUGCCCUCAUGCCCUUAUGCCCUCAUGCCCUCAUGCCCUCACGCCCUCAUGCCCUCAUGCCCUCAUGCCCUCACGCCCUCAUGCCCUCAUGCCCUCACGCCCUCAUGCCCUCAUGCCCUCAUGCCCUCAUGCCCUCACGCCCUCAUGCCCUCAUGCCCUCAUGCCCUCACGCCCUCAUGCCCUCAUGCCCUCACGCCCUCAUGCCCUCAUGCCCUCAUGCCCUCAUUUACUCCUGCCCUCAUGUACUCAUGCACUCAUGCCCUCAUGCCCUCAUGCCCUCAUGCACUCAUGCCCUCAUGCCCUCAUGCCCUCACGCCCUCAUGCCCUCAUGCCCUCAUGCCCUCAUGCCCUCAUGCCCUUAUGCCCUCAUGCCCUCACGCCCUCACGCCCUCAUGCCCUCAUGCCCUCAUGCCCUCACGCCCUCAUGCCCUCAUGCCCUCACGCCCUCAUGCCCUCAUGCCCUCAUGCCCUCAUCCCCUCAUGCCCUCAUGCCCUUAUGCCCUCAUGCCCUCACGCCCUCAUGCCCUCAUGCCCUCAUGCCCUCACGCCCUCAUGCCCUCAUGCCCUCAUGCCCUCAUGCCCUCAUGCCCUCAUGCCCUCAUGCCCUCAUGCCCUCAUGCCCUCACGCCCUCAUGCCCUCAUGCCCUCAUGCCCUCAUGCCCUCACGCCCUCACGCCCUCAUGCCCUCACGCCCUCAUGCCCUCAUGCCCUCAUGCCCUCAUGCCCUCAUGCUCUCCUGCCCUCAUGUACUCAUGCACUCAUGCACUCAUGCCCUCAUGCCCUCACGCCCUCAUGCCCUCAUGCCCUCACGCGCUCAUACCCUGAUGCCCUCAUGCCCUCAUCCCCUCAUGCCUUCACGCACUCAUGCCCUCAUGCCCUCAUGCCCUCAUGCCCUCAUGCCCUCAUGCCCUCAUGCUCUCAUGCCCUCACGCCAUCAUGCCCUCAUGCCCUCAUGCAAUCACGCCAUCAUGCCCUCAUGCCCUCAUGCCCUCAUGCCCUCACGCCCUCAUGCCCUCAUGCCCUCACGCCCUCAUGCCCUCAUGCCCUCAUGCCCUCUUGCCCUCAUGCCCUCAUGCUCCCAUGCCCUCAUGAGCUCAUGCCCUCAUGCACUCAUGCCCUCACGCCAUCAUGCCCUCAUGCCCUCAUGCACUCAUGCCCUCAAGCCCUCAAGCCUUUAUGCCCUCAUGCCCUCAUGCCCUCAUGCCCUUAUGCCCUCAUGCCCUCAUGCCCUCACGCCCUCAUGCCCUCAUGCCCUCAUGCCCUCAUGCCCUCAUGCCCUCAUGCCCUCAUGCCCUCACGCCCUCAUGCCCUUAUGCCCUCAUGCCCUCAUGCCCUCAUGCCCUCACGCCAUCAUGCCCUCAUGCCCUCAUGCCCUCACGCCCUCACGCCCUCAUGCCCUCACGCCCUCAUGCCCUCACGCCCUCAUGCCCUCACGCCCUCAUGCCCUCAUGCCCUCAUGCCCUCAUGCCCUCAUGUACUCCUGCCCUCAUGUACUCAUGCACUCAUGCACUCAUGCCCUCAUGCCCUCAUGCACUCAUGCCCUCAUGCCCUCAUGCCCUCACGCCCUCAUGCCCUCAUGCCCUCAUGCCCUCAUGCCCUCAUGCCCUUAUGCCCUCAUGCCCUCACGCCCUCACGCCCUCAUGCCCUCAUGCCCUCAUGCCCUCACGCCCUCAUGCCCUCAUGCCCUCACGCCCUCAUGCCCUCAUGCCCUCAUGCCCUCAUCCCCUCAUGCCCUCAUGCCCUUAUGCCCUCAUGCCCUCACGCCCUCAUGCCCUCAUGCCCUCAUGCCCUCACGCCCUCAUGCCCUCAUGCCCUCAUGCCCUCAUGCCCUCAUGCCCUCAUGCCCUCAUGCCCUCAUGCCCUCAUGCCCUCACGCCCUCAUGCCCUCAUGCCCUCAUGCCCUCAUGCCCUCACGCCCUCACGCCCUCAUGCCCUCACGCCCUCAUGCCCUCAUGCUCUCAUGCCCUCAUGCCCUCAUGCUCUCCUGCCCUCAUGUACUCAUGCACUCAUGCACUCAUGCCCUCAUGCCCUCACGCCCUCAUGCCCUCAUGCCCUCACGCGCUCAUACCCUGAUGCCCUCAUGCCCUCAUGCCCUCAUGCCCUCACACACUCAUGCCCUCAUGCCCUCAUGCCCUCAUGCCCUCAUCCCCUCAUGCCCUCAUGCACUCAUGCCCUCACGCCAUCAUGCCCUCAUGCCCUCAUGCAAUCACGCCAUCAUGCCCUCAUGCCCUCAUGCCCUCAUGCCCUCACGCCCUCAUGCCCUCAUGCCCUCACGCCCUCAUGCCCUCAUGCCCUCAUGCCCUCAUGCCCUCAUGCCCUCAUGCCCCCAUGCCCUCAUGAGCUCAUGCCCUCAUGCACUCAUGCCCUCACGCCAUCAUGCCCUCAUGCCCUCAUGCACUCAUGCCCUCAAGCCCUCAAGCCUUUAUGCCCUCAUGCCCUCAUGCCCUCAUGCCCUCAUGCCCUCAUGCCCUCAUGCCCUCACGCCCUCAUGCCCUCAUGCCCUCAUGCCCUCAUGCCCUCAUGCCCUCAUGCCCUCAUGCCCUCACGCCCUCAUGCCCUUAUGCCCUCAUGCCCUCAUGCCCUCAUGCUCUCCUGCCCUCAUGUACUCAUGCACUCAUGCACUCAUGCACUCAUGCCCUCAUGCCCUCACGCCCUCAUGCCCUCAUGCCCUCACGCGCUCAUACCCUGAUGCCCUCAUGCACUCAUGCCCUCAUGCCCUCAUGCACUCAUGCCCUCAUGCCCUCAUGCCCUCAUGCCCUCAUGCACUCAUGCCCUCACGCCAUCAUGCCCUCAUGCCCUCAUGCAAUCACGCCAUCAUGCCCUCAUGCCCUCAUGCCCUCAUGCCCUCACGCCCUCAUGCCCUCAUGCCCUCACGCCAUCAUGCCCUCAUGCCCUCAUGCCCUCAUGCCCUCACGCCCUCAUGCCCUCAUGCCCUCACGCCCUCAUGCCCUCAUGCCCUCAUGCCCUCAUGCCCUCAUGCCCCCAUGCCCUCAUGA